CAAUAGCACCAAUAAUAAUGUACGUGUCGAAAAAAUGUAAAAAAUGUAUUAUAUGUCUCGCCGUUCUUGGUCUCACUGCGCCUCUCGCCUCCACCCGGCCGUUUAGCCUCUGCCGCUCCCACUUUCGCUGCUUAUAAGUAGCCUGCCCCCGCCGCCCUCCUGCCUUCCUCUCCCUCUCUCUUUCCUCUCCCAUUCUUAUCUCUAUCACCCACAUCGCCUUCGCAUCCUGCGUCCAUCCUCACUGCUUCCCCUUCUCUACUUGUCUCCUACAAUCACUGCCAUCUCUUCACUAUGCAGAUUUUCGUAAAGACCCUCACUGGUAAGACCAUUACCCUUGAGGUCGAGUCGUCCGACACUAUCGACAACGUCAAGUCCAAGAUUCAGGACAAGGAGGGCAUUCCUCCUGACCAGCAGCGCCUGAUCUUCGCUGGUAAACAGCUUGAAGAUGGCCGCACCCUUUCUGACUACAACAUCCAGAAAGAGUCUACCCUUCAUCUUGUUCUCCGCCUUCGUGGAGGUAUGCAGAUUUUCGUAAAGACCCUCACCGGCAAGACCAUUACCCUGGAGGUCGAGUCGUCCGACACUAUCGACAACGUCAAGUCCAAGAUCCAGGACAAGGAGGGCAUUCCACCUGACCAGCAGCGCCUGAUCUUCGCUGGUAAACAACUCGAAGAUGGCCGUACCUUGAGCGACUACAACAUUCAAAAAGAAUCCACCCUUCAUCUUGUCCUCCGUCUGCGUGGUGGUAUGCAGAUCUUCGUCAAGACCUUGACGGGGAAGACCAUCACAUUAGAAGUUGAGUCUUCAGACACCAUCGACAACGUAAAAUCAAAAAUCCAAGACAAGGAGGGCAUUCCACCUGACCAGCAGCGCCUGAUCUUUGCCGGUAAACAACUCGAAGAUGGUCGAACACUGUCCGACUACAACAUUCAGAAGGAAUCCACACUUCACUUAGUGCUCCGUCUGCGUGGUGGUAUGCAAAUUUUCGUCAAGACUCUGACUGGUAAGACCAUCACGUUGGAGGUGGAAUCAUCAGACACAAUCGACAACGUUAAAUCGAAAAUCCAAGACAAGGAGGGUAUCCCACCCGACCAACAGCGUCUCAUCUUCGCUGGCAAGCAGCUCGAAGAUGGUCGAACACUGUCCGACUACAACAUCCAGAAGGAGUCCACUCUCCACUUGGUGCUCCGUCUACGUGGUGGAAACUGA